GCUCCUAUGCCUUGUUUAACAGUCAGCUACCUCAAAAAGCAAGGGGUUUCAGGAAAGGCAGACGGGGUAAGCUGGGUGUGGGCCUGUAAAUGGAUGGAGCGGGUAAAGGAAGUCGGGAAGGGAGAACGUGAAGAAAGGAGCCGAAACCUGCAGAGUUCAGCUCAAACACAAGCUGAUGCUCAGUCCCAGCACACACCGUGGUCCCAGAUUGUGGGCACGUUGGGAGCCUGGUAUGGCUUUACUCCAGUUUUUGUAGUUUGGUCAGUCUGCCAAGUGGAGGCACUGCCGCACCCUUCUGUACUGAGAGUGGAUGUGUGCUGGAGGCUACUUUUUGUGUGCCUUCUGUUGAUUUCUCUGGGAGGUUGCAUCCAUGCCCUGAAGUGCUGCCUGCAGCCAGGACAGAGCCAGGGAAAGCCUCCAGGGACUGAACAGGAGAUUGUGACUGAAAUCAGGAAUGACCAGUGUUUACGGAUGUGCCAGGCAAGAAACCCAGGUGUGAAUAUUAAUCUGAUUCUUGCCCUGGCUGACAGCCUGCUGCUGUGUGUGCUGCAGGAACCUCUGCCAGACCCCAAUGUGCCCCACAUUCAGGCUCUUCUCUCCAGACUGGAGAAUUUGUUGUCGGUCUUGGGUGACUACAGGAGCAAACUUCAGUCUGGUCAGGUUCAUUUGAAGGGCAGCACACAACUACUGCAGGAGUUAACCUGGAGUCACACCCACAUGAGCAACAGCGUGAACAGCAGCAGUGAGUCAGUUUGGCCAGAGCUCUUGCUUCAGUCGAAUAUUGAGCAGUUUGACAAGGUGCAGGAGAAUUUCACCUCUCUGGAACAACAGAUCUCUACCUUCCAGGCCCACCUGGAGGGACUCGGAAAACAAAAUCAGGAAAAACAUGCCGGGCCCCUCACUCAUGCUGACGGGCCACAUUUACACUCGGUACCGCCACAGACUUCUUAUCAUGCCCACAGUAAAGUGUCUGUGGAGCACCGUAACUCCACCUCUUCCUCCACGUCUGCUUCCUCGGUGGAUACAGGUACAGCCACAAAAACAGACAUUACUUUCUCACUGUGUAAGAGGUCGGCGCUACAUUUCCCUUCCACAAUCGGACGACGUCUGCGCAUAUCUGGAAGGAAGAAGUGUUAAAAACGUAUUUAAACGCAGAAGGUGUGGUCGUGAGCUAAGGAAGGAAUAUUCAAAUGUUUGCUGGUUGCCUAAAAUUUUAUUAUUUAUUGCUCUUUGUCAUUGCAUUGCUUUGACUUGUAUGUGUACUUUAACUUAGCUGCUUUAUCCUUUCUACCUCUUGGAUUUAAGAGCAGGCAAGAACAUAUUUCCACUGUAAAGCACAUUUCAAACACUAGGGGGCACACUUUCAUCAGUUACUUCCAGAAUAAACAGGUACGAUGUGGACAUGUACACUGAUCUCAGGUUGACUGAGCCCAGUGUGAACCAUUUCCCUGCUGUCAACAAGAUAAAAGUAUUGGGUGCAUUUGUU